CAACGUACACGAAACCACCCCGUUGCAAACACGAUACCCACAGGCAGAGACGACGACCUUGGGCGCACUCACGAGCGUAUCAUCAAUUCAUCAUGAGGCGUGAGUACCUAGUUGGCUUCGCGCUCAUAGUCGCCGGGCUCUGGCCGCUGCCCGCGGCUGCGCAGAAGUACGCCGCUAUCUUCAACUUUGGCGACUCCCUCGCCGACGCCGGCAACCUCGUCGCGGAUGGCAUCCCGGAUUACCUCGCCACGGCGCGCCUGCCGUAUGGCAUGACGUACUUCGGGUACCCGACGGGGCGCGUCUCCGACGGCCGCCUCGUCGUCGACUUCAUCGCGCAGGAGCUGGGGCUGCCGCUGCUGCCGCCGUCCAAGGCGCGCAACGCCACGUUCCACCACGGCGCCAACUUCGCCAUCACCGGCGCCACGGCGCUGGACACCAGCUACUUCGUGGCCAAGGGGCUGGGCAAGACGGUGUGGAACUCCGGCUCCCUGCACACCCAGCUCAAGUGGUUUCAAGACAUGAAGCCAUCCAUCUGUAACUCCCCAAAAGAGUGCAGGGACCUGUUCAGGCGGUCGCUGUUCAUCGUCGGCGAGUUUGGCGGGAACGAUUACGCGGCGGCGCUCGGCGCGUUCCUCCCGGUGCAGAAGGUGCACACGUUCGUGCCGCACAUCGUCGACUCCAUCGGCAAGGGAAUCGAGGUGCUCGUCUCUCUCAGGUCUACUUUAGGCCCCUCCCAAUGCUCCAUUUGA